UUAAUCCGUCCUUGAUUACCAGUAUCGAUAGUGAAGUCUUAUGAGGUAAAACAAUAUGUGGGGCAGAAGGAGCAAGAAACUGACUCAAGUUUGAUUGCUCUUUACCUAAGAAAUGGGAUCAAAGGCCAAAAAAGGUUUCUAACCUAUAUUAGUCAUGCCUUUUAGGAGUAAAGGCUCAGUUUUGGUACCACAUCGAUGCAACGCAAGGGGGUUUACGGACCUAUUACGUCCUUGCGGGACCCUCCUUGCGUCCACCGCAAGGGCCGGGCGCGCGCCUCCCAAAAAUUGUAAUCUUGCGUCGAGGCAACGCAGCAGCAAGGGCUGUGAUUGGUCCACCAACUAAAGCCCAACGCAGAAGCAAAACACGUUUACGACUGCCUCGAGCCGUCUGCGUUGUCACUGCAUUGCGUCGACGUGGGACCAUGACUGAGCCUUUAUAUGUCUCGUAUUGUUGAUGCUCGCCUGCCAAUGGAUUUGCCCCGCUCAACAAUUAAUUCUUUAACUUCCAGCAUGACGGGAGAUCGCCUGGGGCUCUCUUGGCUCAGCGAAAGUGUCUUUGGCCGCGACCCCCCCGCCCGCUGAAGCAAUGACGUCUUUCGAGGAACAGUUCAUUGGAGAUACGUACGGCCGAGAGGACAUCCCACCACAGAGCACCUGCACUGACACCCUCACCAGGAAGUGGUCGUCCACCGGCUUUAAUGGAAGUUUUCUGGCAUCCAUUCCGGUUCUCCAGUGGGCCAAGGACGUCAAUCUCCAACAGUACCAGCGCCUGAAGCAGUAUGGCGGUACCUACGGAUGGGCAUCGAUGGACUAUGAGACACUGAACGCCACGCUCUCCGUCCUCAACCGGACGGCCAACCACCAGAUGUUUGACGACUGGCAACUCCGUCGGAAGGGCUCGCACUGCGUCCGCUGCGCCGUGGUGGGCAACGGGGGGAUCCUGAAUGGUUCCGGCAAGGGCCGCGAGAUCGACGGCCAUCACUACGUGUUCAGGACGAACGGAGCUGUCCUCAAUGGUUUCCAGAAGGACGUGGGCAGACGCACCACCCACUACACCUUCUCCACCAACACCUUCAAGAACUCCAUGAGGAGCUACCGUAGACAGGGCUACAGCGGGCCACCGCUGUCCAAGGAGACGCGCUACGUCUUCCUUCCAGACCACGACCGUGACUACCUGCUGGUGAAAGCUGUUGCCACACACACACCGGUGGAGCGAGGCCGGGAUAAAACCAAAACUCCACCGACGUACUUUGGAGAGGAUGCGACGGCGGAGAAGCUGAAGAUGUAUCACCCAGACUUUGUCCGCUACCUCAGGAACAGGUUCUUUCAAUCCCACGCACAGAAGAAAGGAUACAGGAGAAUCUACCGUCCGUCCACAGGCUCUGUGAUGCUGUUGGCGGCUCUGCACACCUGCGACCAGGUCAGCGCCUAUGGCUUCAUGACGCCCGACUAUAAGAAGUACCCGAACCACUACUAUGACAAAACCCUAAGCAAAGUGAGAUUCUUUGCCAACCAUGACUAUGGCUCGGAGCUGGAGCUGUGGCAGCAGCUGCACAAGGAUGGCCUCAUACGGCUGUACAUGCGAUCGUGAGCCAUGGGGACAUUCCGGCCAGCGGCACAUGGCCUUCGUAGCACUGGGACGAGGUGGUCAUUUGGUGGCAGGAAAACUACCGAAUGCAAUUUUAUUUUUAUUUAAAUAUUAUGACAAACCGGGCCAAUCAGCAGCUACACUGCCUUGACUCUUAACGGAUUGUAUUCCCCUCUCAAAGCUUGUUUAACAUUUGUAUUUGGUGAAGGGCUCGCUGUGUACGGGAUAAUAGUUGUUGGUUUAAUUGUUAAGUUAAAAGGUCAAAAUUAAGAUUUGAUGGAAACCCCAUGGUGGUUGAUCGCUCUAGUGCCUUGAAACUCCAACCUAAGGGUCUGUCUUUUAAGAAACUUAAAUUAUUACAUUAUCAGUUUUAAAGCAAGUUCAUUGAUGUGUAGUCUACGAUGCACACUGUAUUUUAAAAACAUUCUUGUAAAAAGUUGCAAAAGACUCUGAGGAUCAUCACUAUCAAGUUCCAAACCUAAGCGUCUUUCGUUUAACCUCUUAAACUCGAGGUUCCCCAGAUUUGGGAAGACUGUGAUCACUCUCGCAGUAAAAGGCAUACAACACUGCCCUUAUUAUGUAGAAAGAAGUAUCAAAUUAAACAUGAGAAACUCUGCUACAAGCACAUAAGUAAUUUUUACACACACCAAACACGACUCAAACACCAAGCAUAUUAAUUAGACCAAUUAGACAAUUAGAAAUAGGCUGGAGCUUAAGAGGUUAAAGGUACCAUGGCAUGCCAC